AUGGAGAGUCUUCCCGCCUCCCCUGUUUCUCUGGUUUUCCUGGAGGAGACCAAGAAGAACCCAUCCAAUGGUGAUGAGUAUGUGUCCUCAGCAGCAGCUAACGUCCCACCGACGGUCGUGUUGACGAACUCCGGCGAUGGUCCAGACAAGAAAGAAGGCGUGGUCCCAGGGGUGGGGCCAGUAUACCAGGAGCGGGAGACAUGGAACCGGCAGAUGGACUUCAUCAUGUCUUGCGUUGCCUUCGCUGUAGGACUUGGAAAUGUUUGGAGGUUCCCGUACCUGUGCUAUGAGAAUGGAGGAGGUGUCUUCCUGAUUCCUUACUUGCUCUUCGUCUUCGUUGGAGGAAUCCCUGUCUUCUUCCUGGAAAUCUCUCUGGGUCAGUUCAUGAAGGCCGGCGGAAUCAACGCGUGGAACAUCGCGCCGCUCUUUAAAGGUCUGGGUUACGCCUCCAUGGUCAUCGUGUUUUUCUGUAACACCUACUACAUCAUGGUGUUGGCCUGGGGCCUCUACUACCUGGUCAAGUCGUUUAGCUCCACCCUGCCCUGGUCCACCUGUGAUAACGAAUGGAACACACCCAGCUGCGUGGAGACCUUCCAGCACCAGGACUGUAAAAACAGCAGCCUCGCCAACAUCACCAUCACCGGCAACAUGACCUGUGCCCAGCUGGCAAACGCAAGCUCACCAAUCGUCGAGUUCUGGGAGAACAAGGUGCUGGACAUCUCGUCUGGUCUGGAUGAACCUGGACGUCUGAAAUGGGAGAUCCUGCUGUGUUUAAUGGCCGCGUGGGUGAUUGUUUAUUUCUGUGUGUGGAAGGGAGUCAAAUCCACCGGGAAGGUGGUCUACGUCACAGCCACCUUCCCGUACCUGGCCCUCUUCAUCCUGCUGGUCAGAGGUGUGACUCUCCCUGGUGCUUAUGAUGGAAUCAUGUACUAUAUCAGUCCUGACUGGUCCAAGCUGUACCAGGCUAAGGUGUGGAUAGACGCCGGGACACAGAUCUUCUUCUCGUACGCCAUCGGCCUUGGUGCUCUGACGGCGCUGGGAAGCUACAACCGCUUUGACAACGACUGCCACAAAGACGCCUUCAUCCUCGCCUUCAUCAACAGUGGAACCAGUUUCUUCGCUGGUUUUGUCGUCUUCUCUACUCUGGGCUUCAUGGCUGCAGAGCAGGGAGUGGAAAUCUCACAGGUGGUUAAAUCAGGUCCAGGUCUGGCCUUCAUCGCGUAUCCAAAGGCAGUCUCACUGUUACCCGGGUCACCGCUGUGGGCGGCCCUCUUCUUCAUCAUGCUGCUGCUGCUUGGCCUCGACAGUCAGUUUGUAGGAGUGGAAGGAUUCGUCGCAGGAAUCCUGGAUCUGUUUCCAGUACAGCAUCAGCAUCGUUAUAAGAGAGAGAUCACUCUGGUGAUCUGCUGUUUGCUCUGCCUCAUCAUUGGUAUCCCCAUGGUGACGCAGGGAGGAAUGUACGUCUUCCAGUUGUUCGAUUAUUACUCUGCCAGUGGAAUGACUCUGCUGUGGCAGGCCUUCUGGGAGUGUGUGAUCGUGGCCUGGGUCUAUGGUGCUGACCGCUACAUGGACGACAUCGCUCGUAUGAUCGGGUAUCGUCCGUUCUUCUGGGUCAAGUGGUGCUGGUUGUUUGUGACUCCAUGUGUGUGUAUGAGCAUCUUCCUGUUUCACCUGAUCACCUACAAACGUCUGACGUACAACAACGUGUACGUGUAUCCGUGGUGGGGCGAGGUGAUCGGCUGGUUCCUGGCGCUGUCGUCCAUGCUCUGUAUUCCCCUCACUUUCAUCUACAAACUCUUCAGAGCCAAAGGCUCUUUCGCUGAGCGCUGGUCUUACCUGACCACACCAGUGUGGGGCGCUCAUCACCUGAAGUACAUGGCCACGCCCCUGGCGCCGGGCAUCGACCAAUUGCAGAGCUCCAUCUCCAGCCGCCUCGCCCACGACAUGUCGCCGCCAUGACCUUGACCUACAGUCGACCGGUCAUCACCAUGGAGAUGAGAACAACAACAAAACAGAUC